AUGGAUAGGACCCUUGAAGAAACCUUGUAUCAAGUUAUACACAAAGAAGAUCAAGAUGCAAUAAUUCAUCUUAUUACUCAAGGGGCCAAUCCUAAUAAAGUGACUAAACACGGCAAAACGUGUUUGGGGAAAGCAGCAAAGAUAGGCAGUAUCAAUGCUGUUAAGCUCCUGAUUGAUGCCACUGUGUCUAACAAAUCCUUACCCCAAGAUGCUCUUGCAAGGAAACGAGGUGUCAAAUAUCAUAAGAGAAAGUUCAAGAGUGGUCAAUACUAUAAAACGGCUGUUAUAUGCAAAAAUCUCCAUGAUGGACCUUACAGAGAAUUUCACUUAGAGCAUUCUGCUGCUAUAGAUUCAGAAAUUCAUGAAUGUGCUGAUUUAGAUAAUGAUCAGAGUUACUUUGUUUAUAUACAUAGUGAUGGGUCAAGUAGUGAUGAAAGUAGGAUUAGCAAUAUUCAAUCUCCUGUUGCAACACCAUCCCUUCCAACAUCACCACACAUUGAUUUAGAAUGGGAUGAAGAAAUAGGAAAUGUUGCUCCAACAACCAGUGAAGAUGAAACAUGGUCAUCAAUCUACAAAUGGUAUGCAGCCAUUCUGGAAUGCACUGGUGCAGCUAUUGCUUCUGCUUCAGUAGUUACAAAUGGCAUUGAUCAACAAGAUGCAUUCAUGAGAACAGCAUUGCAUUAUGCUGUUGAUCAAGGUCAUGCUGGAAUUGUAAAGUUGUUGUUGGAUGCUGGAUGUAAAGUGGAAAUAACUUCUGGUGAUGGCUUAACCCCUUUACAUAUUGCAAUUAUGAAGAAUCAUAUUGAAAUCACCAAAUUGCUUAUUGCUGCGGGAAGUAAUGUGAACUACAAGACACAUGAAAAGAUGACCCCACUGCAUUUUGCAGCAUCACGAGGAUUUAUGGAUCUGGUAAAAAUUUUGGUGACUAAUGGUGCUUAUAUAGAAGCAAGAGACACAAGUGAAAGAACAGCAUUGUACUUAGCAUCAGGAAGAGGACAUGUUGAUGUUGUAACAUAUCUUAUAUCCAUGGGUUCAAAUGUUAAUGGAGAAGAAAUACAUGGAUAUACACCAUUAUGUGAAGCUGUGUGGCAGAGAUACACAUCGGUGGUAGAGGUUUUACUCAAUUCCGGUGCUCGUAUUACUCAUUCCCAUAAAUUAUUGCACAAUGCCAUCAUACAGCGACAGGUAAAAAUUGUGAGGAUGUUGUCUGACUUAGGUGGUGGAAUUAAUUUGCAUAAUGAUAAUGGUGACACACCUUUGUUACUAGCAGCCCGUUUAUCACAGCCAAUCUCGGCGCGUAUUUUAUUGCAGAAGGGGGCAAAUGUUAAUUGUACUAACAGUAUUACUGGCGCUAAUGCCCUUCACAUUGCCGUGGAAUGUAUUGAGUGUCCAGUAGAAUUUGAAGAUUUGAUUGACUGUCUCUCACAAUACAAUAUUGAUGUGAAUACAACUGCACUUACCGGGGAUACCGCUCUUAACCGGGCUAUGCUUUUGCAAAAGGACUAUGCAGCUGUCUUUCUUAUUAAAUAUGGAGCGGAUGUUAAUAUUUGCGAUCUUCAUUCUUGUGGAUUGGAUAAUCUGUCAAUAGCAAGUAGAAGGGAGUUUUACCAACUGGCUUCUAUUCUUAUAAAAGCUGGUCAUUACACAAAUGCCUCUGAAUCUGAUGAUACAAUUCCAAAGUUAGAUUAUGAAACUAUAAUACAAAUACUUUUAAUUACAAAA